AUGGAGGUGGGGAAGAAGGUAGAACCGUUGGGGUUUGGUUACCCGGCACAGGUGCGGCGGGGGAGAACGCGGGUGGGAUGGAUCGGCAUUGGCGUCAUGGGCGGCGCCAUGGCCACGCGCCUCCUCGCUGCUGGGUUCACGGUGACUGCGUACGCUCGCACGUCGGUCAAGGCGGAUGCCCUGGUCGCCGCAGGCGCGAGUGUCGCUGACUCGCCCGCUUCCGUGGCUGCGGCCUCCGACGUGGUGUUCACCAUGGUGAGCGACCCCGGAGACGUCCGCGCGUCCGGCGCCCUGGCGGGUCUCCGCCCCGGCGGCGUCCUCGUGGACUGCACGAGCUCCUCCCCUUCCCUCGCGCGGGAGAUCGCCGCGGCCGCGCGCUCCGCCGGCUGUCACGCUGUCGAUGCCCCCGUCUCCGGUGGCGACGCCGGUGCCCGCGACGGCACGCUGGCCAUCCUCGCCGGGGGCGACGAGGCCGUGGUGGCCUGGCUCGCCCCGCUCUUCGCGCACCUCGGCACGCCGACCCACAUGAGCCCGCCCGGCAGCGGGCAGAGCAGCAAGAUCGCCAACCAGAUUGCGGUGGCCGGGGCGGUGGUCGGCCUCAGCGACGCCGCCGGGCUCGACGCGCGGCUGUUCCUCGACGCGGUGUCCAAGGGCGCGGCGGGGUCGCGCGUCAUGGACAUCUUCGGCACGCGCGCGGUGAGCCGCGACUUCGCGUCGGGCCCCGGCUCCGGCUCCGCGCGCUACAUCAUCAAGGACCUUGGCAUGGCACUGGAGAUCGGGGAUGGCCAGGAGGAGGAGGAGGAGGCCACCGCGCUGCCCGGGGCGGCGCUGUUCCGGCAGAUGUUCUCGGCGAUGGUGGCGAACGGCGACGGUGACUUGUGCGUGCGGGGAUUGAUCACCGUCAUCGAGCGCCUCAGCGGCGUUCACAAGUAA